ACAAAGGCAGACAUCCAAGUGCUUGGCUUUUCCCCUUGGACCGAGACAGGGAGAGGGCGCGCGAGCAGAGUUAAUUUCUAAGAUGAAGGCGUUCUAUGCAGGAAAAGCAGGUCUGGGGAUGGCUUUUUAAAGCUGCUCUGUUGGACUGAGGCUUUCUUCUUCUACUGGGUCUGCCCGUGGCUGUUUUCCUUCUCUUUUUCUGUCCCUCCCUGGCUGGUUCACGGGCUCGGCCUCUCUGAGAGUCUCGUGGACAUGUAGUGCGUCUGACAGAAAAGACACUGGGGGGACCGUGUGCCGAGACAGGAAACUUUAUGUGCAUUUCUGGACGAGGAACACAAAUAGAUCGGCAGCCGUGGGACCCAGACGCUAUGUGGUGGGGGAAAACGCUGCCUCCUUAAGCAGAAGACCUCUCUGGAGCGGGACUCCGAGCUGCUACCUCGCGCGAGCCCCCAUCCAAGACGCGGAGGAGAGAUGGUCAUAAAAUGAGUUCCGGGGUGAGCUGCUGAGUCAGAGGUGGACACAAGGAGACAAAGCCAGCAACUGCAGGACCUCGAGGCUCCUCCUGGGCAGACACGGCAAGAUGAGCUUAGAAAAUGAGGAUAAACGGGCUCGCACGCGCUCCAAGGCCCUCCGAGUGCCCCCAGAGCCCACAAGUGCCGACCUCAGCUGCCCCACCCCAGGAUGCACAGGCUCAGGACACAUCCGGGGCAAGUACUCCAGACACCGCAGUUCGCAGAGCUGCCCGCUGGCCAAGAAGAGGAAGCUGGAGGGCGCGCCGGCCGAGCACCUGGCGCCCACACGGAAGUCCCGGCCCCUGAAGCUGGCGCUGGACGAGGGCUGCGGCGCGGACACCGACGGCAGCGAGGACCCCGAGGUGAAGGACGCCUCUGUCUCCGAUGAAUCGGAAGGAACUCCGGAGGAGGACGAGGCUGAACUGCCAGGACAGGAGGAGAUUCAUCGUCCCGAGCCAGCUGAAGGAAGGAGCCCUGUCAAGUCCCACUUCGGAUCCAAGCCUGUCGGCAGCUCUGCGGGCCCCGCCAAGGGCGGCUACAGCAGCUACCAGGAGAUCAUUGCCACUUCUCUCCUCAACCUGGGCCAAAUCGCUGUAGAGACCCUAGUUGGGGAGGACUUGGGCCAGGUGGCCAAGCCGGGCCCUGGUGUUGUGCACCUGGUGCAGGAGGAGGCUGAGGAAGGGGCCACCAGCGACGAGGAGGAGAAGGACGUGUUCCUCAGGCCAGAGGAUGCAGAGCAGGUGGUGGGAGCCACCAGGGAGCGUCCCCAGGAGCUCGGUCCCCAGGCCGUGGAGGGUGUGGCCAGUGAGGAGUCCAGCAAGAGGAAAGUCGCUCUGGGUAACGAGGAGGAGGAAGAGGAGGAGGAGGAAGAGGAGGAAGAGGAGGAGGAGGAGGAGGAAGAGGAGGAGGAAGAAGAGGAGGAAGAGGAGGAGGAGGAGGAGGAAGAGGAGGAGGAGGAAGAGGAGGAAGAAGAGGAGGAGGAGGAGGAGGAGGAGGAGGAGGAGGCCGCUCCUGAGGUCAUCUGCCAGGACGAUGCCCCCCUCGGCCCCGGCCAGAAGGUCCCUGAAGCCCAGCCGCUGGCCUCGCCCAGCCCGAAGCCCGAGUACCCCGUCCUGGGGGAGGAGCGCUCCGACGACGGCCGGGACGAAGACGCGCGCUCCCAGAAGUCCGCGGUCACCGAUGUGUCGGAGAUGUACGACGUGAUGACACGUGGGAACUUGGGUCUCCUGGAGCAGGCUAUUGCCCUAAAGGCUGAGCAGGUACAAGCCGUCUGUGAGCCCGGCUGCCCGCCCACCGAGCAGGGCCAGCUGGGCCCCGGGGAGCCCGGGAAGGCAGUGAGGCCCCUGGAUGCCCGGAAGAGCUACUGUAGCAAAGAUCCCUCAAGAGCUGAGAAGCGUGAGAUCAAGUGUCCGACUCCAGGCUGUGAUGGCACCGGCCACGUCACAGGGCUGUACCCUCACCAUCGAAGCCUGUCUGGCUGCCCCCACAAGGACAGGAUCCCCCCGGAGAUCUUGGCCAUGCACGAGAACGUGCUCAAGUGCCCCACCCCCGGCUGCACCGGCCAAGGCCACGUGAAUAGCAACCGCAACACUCACAGAAGUUUGUCUGGCUGUCCCAUUGCUGCUGCUGAAAAAUUGGCCAAAUCUCAUGAGAAGCAACAGCCGCAGACGGGAGACCCUUCCAAGAGUAGCUCCAGCUCUGAUCGGAUCCUCAGGCCUAUGUGCUUCGUGAAGCAGCUUGAAGUCCCUCCGUAUGGAAGCUACCGGCCUAACGUGGCCCCUGCCACCCCCAGGGCUAACCUGGCCAAGGAGCUGGAGAAGUUCUCCAAGGUCACCUUUGACUACGCAAGUUUUGACGCUCAGGUUUUUGGCAAACGCAUGCUUGCCCCAAAGAUUCAGACCAGCGAAACCUCACCUAAAGCCUUUAAAUCCCAACCUUUCCCAAAGGCCUCUCCCCCCAGGCACAGCCCCCGCACUUCACCCCCUUCUGCAGGCUUCGACUACACGCAUGACGCCGAGGCCGCGCACAUGGCUGCCACGGCCAUCCUGAACCUCUCCACGCGCUGCUGGGAGAUGCCGGAGAAUCUCAGCACGAAGCCACAGGACCUGCCCAGCAAGGCCGUGGACAUCGAGGUGGAUGAAAACGGGACCCUGGACCUGAGCAUGCACAGACACCGCAAGCGCGAUGGCGCCUUCCCGGGAGGUGGCCCUGGCGGGAAGGCUCCCGACGCCUCCCAGCGCCAGAGCAGCGCCAGUGCCGCCCCCAGCAGCUCCAUGGCCUCGCCCCCGGGCAGCCAGGCCUCCCGCCAGGACGAGUGGGACCGACCGUUGGACUACACCAAGCCGAGCCGCCUGCGAGAGGAGGAGCCCGAGGAGUCAGAGCCAGCAGCCCAUUCUUUUGCUUCUUCUGAAGCAGAUGACCAGGAAGUGUCAGAAGAGAGUUUUGAGGAGCGGAAGUACCCCGGGGAAGUUACCCUGACCAACUUUAAGAUGAAGUUUCUCUCCAAGGACAUAAAGAAGGAAUUGCUCACCUGCCCCACCCCUGGCUGUGACGGCAGCGGCCACAUCACCGGGAACUAUGCCUCUCACCGCAGCCUCUCUGGUUGCCCUCUUGCUGACAAGAGCCUCAGAAACCUCAUGGCUGCCCAUUCUGCUGACCUCAAGUGCCCCACCCCUGGCUGUGACGGUUCCGGCCACAUAACAGGGAACUACGCCUCACACCGAAGCUUGUCAGGCUGCCCUCGGGCCAAGAAAAGUGGAGCCAGGGUGACGCCCACGAAGGACGACAAGGAAGACCCCGAGCUGAUGAAGUGCCCUGUUCCCGGCUGUGUGGGGCUUGGUCACAUCAGUGGCAAAUACGCAUCCCACAGAAGUGCAUCUGGCUGCCCAUUGGCUGCUCGGAGGCAGAAAGAGGGCUCCCUUAAUGGCUCCCCCUUUUCCUGGAAAUCACUGAAGAAUGAGGGGCCUACCUGCCCCACUCCGGGCUGUGACGGCUCCGGCCACGCCAACGGUAGCUUCCUCACCCACAGGAGCUUGUCUGGCUGUCCCAGAGCGACCUUUGCUGGAAAGAAGGGAAAGGUCUCAGGGGAUGAGGGUCUCAGCACCAAGUUCAAGACAAGUGACGUUCUGGAGAAUGAUGAGGAGAUCAAGCAGCUGAAUCAGGAGAUUCGUGAUCUGAACGAGUCCAACUCUGAGAUGGAGGCCGCCAUGGUGCAGCUGCAGUCCCAGAUCUCCUCCAUGGAGAAGAGCCUCAAGAACAUCGAGGAGGAGAACAAGGUCAUUGAGGAGCAGAAUGAAGCCCUGUUUCUGGAGCUGUCGGGCCUGAGCCAGGCCCUUAUCCGAAGUCUUGCCAACAUCCGCCUUCCGCACAUGGAGCCAAUAUGUGAGCAGAAUUUCGAUGCCUACGUGAGCACCCUCACUGACAUGUACUCCAACCAGGAGUGCUACCAGAACCCCGAGAACAAGGACCUCCUGGAGAGCAUCAAACGGGCUGUGAGGGGCAUCCAGGUCUAGAGCUCACCAUCCAGAAGCCACCCCACCGAUCAGGACACCUGGGGCACCCCGACUUGGCUCCAUCGAUUACCUCCCUUGCCCUGCCCCCGCGGUGGAGACGCCCAACUGGCAGCGACCAGUUGGCAGCCCAGGGCAGGCUUAUCCAAAGGGGUGCCUGGAAACCCGUGUCUUUCUCACCGGGCUUGCCAGGCUGGAGGCCUCGACCUCCCCACACGAGUGCAGGGCAAGGCACGGCGUAUUACAAAGCGAUUUAUUUUUGUUUUUUGAAAGAGAUCUGAAGGGCAGCUCCAAGUCUCCAGUGGAAGCUCAUGGACAAGGUUCUCAGGGAAGUUUCAGACUUUGCAACCACAGUAUUCCUUUGUCUGUCGAGGCUGGGAGGGUAGCCGUGGGCACGGGGCGGGUGGUGUGGGUGACACGUCAGCCUGGAGCACGCGGCCAAGGAUGCGUGUCUGCUCAAUGAGGUCCAUGUGGCAAGUGUGUUUUCUGUUUUCAUUUAAUUUAGUUUUGUCUUAAGGAUGGAAUAAAGCACCGUUCCAGUGGGUUAGAAAGAGACCGACAGCCCGUGGUCACCGUGAGGGCUCCAACCUGGGAUGCGCCUGGAUGUUCCACAGGAGAGCACCUCACACAUCGGGGGGCUGGCACCUGCACAGACACGUACAGCUCGGGGUCACGCUCCCUCUUGGGGCAGCAGCCUUCAGAUCCAGGGCUAGGUCAGGGCCAGGGUCUCCGGCUCUCUGUGUGUGCACCGUGCCCGUGACCUGUCACUGCCGCACUACCCGGGUCACGGCCACGCUCGAAUGAGAUGGGGACAGCGUCAGCAGGGUCAGGGAUAGAUCCCUAAUUUAGAGACCACCAAGAUUCAUUUCUUUUAAGAUCCAUUCAUUCAAGAUGAGAAAAAAAUUGUACUAGAAAGUGUUAAACGCAAUGUCCCUAACAUGUAAAUAGAGUCCAGAUCGGUUGUGACUACAAUUCAAGUUAGUAUUUAAACGUAGAGAAUUGCACUUCCUGGAAGAAAUAAAAAAGUAGUUAGUUUAAUUAUUCUGUAAAUUAUUUAAUUUUGUCAAGAUGUAAGUAUUUAUAUUCACAACCUCUUAUGUUAACAUUUGCUAUUUAUUUAACCUUUUUAUUUAUUAAUUUUGUACUAUUACAACUAGACCCCAUGCCAGGACACCACGAGAGGGAAAUCCAUGAAAUCAAGGCAAAAUCCAUGAUCGGACUAUAUGAAAGGUCACAAAAAAAGUCUUGCUCUAACUUCUAUAUAUAGAAGUCUUCUUAUAAUUUUGAUGCAACCUACUUAUUUUUUAUAUAUUUUGUUAUUUAUUCUUUUAAUAAUGGAAUUUUUAAAAAAGUAUUUUGUAACUGAGGAAUUUUGAUAAUUUGGGGAUAUUUUUCCCUGGGUCCAAUGGAAAGAAAGACUUUGUGGUUUUCUUUGUCCCUUUGGUUCCUUUUGUUUCAGGCACGGCAGCAGCCAGUGGCACGCUGUAUUGUUCAUUUAUUUCAGUGUAGCGCAGGUGUGUGUGCUCUGGCGUGGUCCUCGUGUGGCGUCUGUGUGCUGGUUCUCCAGGGCCGAGUCGCGCUGCUGUGAAGGAGUGCUCGCCGCACGUGGCGCCGAGCAGUUCCCACUCACGGGCUCCCUGUCCCUCUGGCAGCUCCGAUACUGUGCUCCCCUUCCUCAGGAAAUGCGUGGAACCCACAGCACAGCACUUCUCGGCGUGUUUGCAGGGUGAUUUCCUAAUAAAAGUCCACUCUGACUGUA